GAUCAUCCACGCCAGAUGACCACCUCAUCGUCCCAGGGACAAACCCCGAAGGAAAAGCCGACAGAAACGGCCAAGCAGCUCAAACUCUGCGAGACCUCCACUUCUUAUGGCAAUCGGAAGAUGCAGGCUCUUCCUAAAGUACUGUGAAGGCGGAGCUCUGGAUUCGAUCAUGGUGGAUCUCGAAAGACCGCUCACCGAACACCUGAUCCGUUAUGUUUGUCGGGAGAUGCUGAAAGCAUUAUCGUAUCUGCACUCGCAUCGAGUAAUCCACAGGGACGUGAAGGCGGGAAACGUUCUGUUGACGCUGGAAGGCGAAGUGAAGAUGGCCGAUUUCGGCGUCUCGGCAAAGAAUAAAUAUACGCUCCAGAAAAGAGAAUUCCUUCAUUGGAAC